AUGUCGGCUCUGGCGGGAGCACUAGAGAGCGAGUCCUCUACUGAAGAGAUGUCCAGGAAACGCGUAAGGAAGGAUGUCAUAUCCUCGAUGGAGCUCUACGGUCCAAUGACAGAUUCAGAGCGGGACGCGCAGAUGGCCUUGUGGCCCUCGAAUUACGUCGUGCCAGGACACGGAAUAAGCAGGAUGAUGGUUGCUAUGGAGCUCCGUUACAAGAAGGUUGGCAACACGAGAAAUCUCGUGGAAACUCUUGACAUCAAGGCAAAGAGGCGUAAUAAUCUGGAGGAAAGGAACUCGGGCAAGUUCAAGGACGCGCUUAUUGCGUAG